GUUGGACUUUGAGCACUUGAGCGCUUACUCUCAGGCUAGUCGCACCACAUCUUUUUCGGGUCGUUUUCAUUCCUUCCUCAAACUCAUCCAUUAGAACUCGAUACCGUGUUUCGGAAGCUUCAAAGAACGCAAGACUUCAAAAGGGUUAUUCGUCGUUAGCUGAUUGGUGAUAGUAUGGGAUCGGGAGUGACGGUGAAUUUUUAAAGAGAGCUGCGGAUGCUCGAAGGGUAAAAUUCACUGCCACCAUCUCCACACUCGACUUCCCGCAUCGCCCCCACCCGUUCGUCCGCCUCCUCUCGCAAUGACUUCAAGCUCAUUAUGGGAUCGGAAGUAACGAUGAACUUUUAUUAAGAGGGCUUACGUGAAGGCAGACUCGACGCCCACUGCCUAGACUCGAAACAUGAGAACCCGUGUUUCAAGCUCCUCCCCCCUCUAUCCACCUAAACAGUUGGCUUCAGGAGCUGUUUCCCCUGGCGCUGUUUCAUCCGCGAGUGAGCACAUGGGUCUGUUCCAUGAAUAGCGCCCAUCUUCGCGAUCAGUCCUCGAUCUGCCAGAGCAGUUUUUAUUCCUAGAAGCGAAAACGGAUAAAUGGGGACGACACCUAAGUUGGUUUUACAGGGACGAUGUGGAAGCGGUAUAUGACUCAUUAGCGCCAAACUUCUGACGAUUAUCCACGGCUCACUGACAUUGACCAGCCUGUGACUGUUUAGACGUUGACGUCGGUCUGUGAUCAGCCUCGAAGCCACACAUUUGCGAUGAACCAAGCCACUCUGCUCGUUCCAAAUGGUAAAGACUCUUCCGCGACAAGUACACUUAGGACACCGAAUGGUCCACAUGCGACGAUUUGCAGAUCAGCUUCGCGGGUAGAUCACCCUUUCCGUCGUAAUGGUAUAGGCUAUCCCCCAUCUCCCGUAUCCGGAGUUUUACCCCCUCCUUCUUACGCUGACAUAUACGUUGUCAACGGGUGGCGUUAUGAAACACAUGCUUCCGUGGAGUUCUGGAACUGUUUGUCCGGACUGAACCCCCAUUGAUGUCGAGGGCAUACCGCAGAAACGUCAAUCAAAACUUCGGUGGAGGGAAAGCCAACGGGAGAUGGGAAUCCAUUUCCGUUUUUUGGGGGAACCCAGCGCUGAGCGGUCAGUAAAGGCUUUUUGAUAGUUGGUAUCAUGUCGCAGCUGGGAUUCAGCGCUCAGUAUUCCGUUCCUGCUGUGAAGUUCUGCACAAUACUGGAAAGACUUGGCUUUUGUUUCUUCGCUGUCCGUCGAUUGACUGAUUACGGACUCUUACCAACGCGAUCGUGUGAAUGCCUCUCGGGAUUGGCUAGUCUAUUGAUAUCCAUGGUGAACCGUUGAAACACGCGUGCCGGGAGCCAGUUUCUACGUCGGAUCUGCAGAGUCCGUCACAAUGCCUAUGCUCAUAGAUACCGCUGAGCUAUCCGGCCUGGCUGCAGAGGGUGCUCUGUAUGGCAUAUUUCUGUCCCUUUUCACUGUUUGCACUCGUGAUCUUUGGCGUCGAAGACGUCGUCGCAAGACCACGCUUAGCUGGCCCAUGGUUGUUGCUGGUUUCUUGCUGAUUCUACUCGCUACGGCACGUUUCAUUGUGGAUUGUGCAAAUAUCUCCGUCGCGUUCAUUCACCAUGAUCCUCGAUCUGCACGCAUCGCCUACCUACAGGACGUUACCCAACCCUUGUUCACGGCGAAGCACAUGAUUCUCAUUGUAUCGUUACUUAUCGGUGACUCGUUCGUGAACUACCGGUGCUGGGUGGUUUGGGGAAGGAAUAUCUGGGUCAUAAUCCUCCCCGCUAGCAUCUCAUUCCUGAGUUUCGGGUCGGGUUGCUAUCUGAUGUGGGCUUACAGCAAUCUGCCUAACCAGACCGUGCUCCAGGAGUCUACUUGGCUGAAGAUGCUGUUUGCACUCAGUCUCGUGGCAAAUGCUGUCGCUACCUCUUUACUCGCGUACCGAAUUUGGUCAGUUAACAAGAGGCUUCAAGAUAUGGUUACGAAGGAAAGCGAAUCCAGUCUUACGCCUGUCAUUCGUAUCAUCUUAGAAUCUGGUGCUCUCAAUGUUGCCUAUCUAUUCGCCUACGUCAUGGCGAUAGGAUUGAGCUCUCAAGGUCUUGAACUUAUAUCUGAAAUGGCUACACCGCUCACAGGGAUCAUCUUCUCCACCGUGAUUCUUCGGGUCGCCCAUGCGCGCCACGACGAUACGUUCUACACUUCGAACCACCCUCCAACACUUUCGUUUCGUUUUGCAAAGAAAUCCACGAGAGCCACGGAUGCCACGGACCCGAGCACGGUGGAUAUGGCCACAAGAACAAAUCUGUCGGGGGAAACCAAGAGCACAGGAAAUGCUAAUACUGUGGAGGUCUAUGUUCACGGCACCACCACAAGGCAUCACGAUACAGUUUACGAUGUUGAACUGAACUCAUUUGACGAUAGGGCCGAAACCGGUUCCAAGGUUUAACGUUUAAUCUUCACUUGGUUGGGCUCUUUCUAGUACGAAAUGCAACUGUGUAACUGUGUAUCUUCUUAGAUCCGUAUUUAUGGUAUGGUGCUGCCUUUUUGUAGUUGACGGGUAAAAUCAUAAAUUCUAUGGAUGUGUUGGCAAUUCGUAUAAUUCC